UUCGAUGAUGUGCAUCGUCCAUGUUCAAUUAUUUCGUACUUGUUUAAUACCGCGCUCUCGUUCGUCAUAUUGAAAUUGAAUUGUCCCCGUCUUUCUUUGUUUGUUCUCUGCGGUUGUAUGUCUGUCUACGUACAUAAGUAUUGACCUUCAGUGGAGUGCACCGCGCCUCGACAGCUCUUUCCGCGUUUGUUAUCUUCCAACUACUCAGCAUAGAUACAAGCAGGUACUUGCGCGCUCUUGGAAAAUCGAUAAGGAGGUAUCUACUGGCAGACAUGUGUGAAAUUAUAGCAAUAGUGUGCAAACAAGUCUUCAAUAAACUGACCCCCGCGCUCGCCCCUUCAUCCAGCAUUACCAUUUAGUUUUUUGAGCUAGUUAGAAGAACAUCAUGGCAGUAACUACAACCGCCGCUCAACAUCCAUUUUUCAGGCGUUUUACACAGCUACUAGUAGUUCUUACGUUCCAACAUACUCUUUGCAGCUACGCAACAACCGCCGACGAUGUGCCAGUGCAGGUGCAGCUCAGCAGCGAGCUUUCGCAAUUGAACGAAAACGACAAGUACUGCGCUCCUUCGUGUGGCCAGUACAACCUGCUGCGUAUUCUGGAGGAGGAAACGGGGCAAGGAGUAGCUUGGUACUACGAUAAUUCGGGUGCAGAAGCGGUAGAUGAUGACAAAUCUUCGUCCCGACGAGGAAGAUCUUCUACAACUUGGGACCCGACGUCUCCCAGCGCCUGGGAAGACUGCGAGAAGACGGAAGCGAAUUACAGAGACAAACUUGCGGCAGGAGAUGAUAAAGAAGAACAACAGGAAUCAAAAGCGCAUCAUGACUCGUGUGCCUUCGAAACGACACAGAAAUUGUUCGACCAGUGUUGGAGUGCGGGCUGCGAUCCCGUGCUGCGUUCCGCGCGGCUGCAGCACGGGAAGAUGAAGGACAAUGAGGACCAGGAAGAAGAAAAGAAGUACAUGCUACACCAGAGCAGAACCAGAUACCAUAGCAGCUCGGAAGUCUAUCCUUGGACUAACUGGUCACAGCUGGCGCCAGGGGGCUGGGCGGAUCUGCCAAAGUGGAACGAAACGAUCGUGCCGGAGUUGCAGCAAAUGGUUUUUAAAAAUACGCAGAAUGACAACAUGCUAUGUUGUCAUUCUCCGACGACGAGAUCUACAGAAGUCGAAUCCGACGACGAUUCUACAGCUCGGGGAAGUAGAACAAGGGGAGGCGAAACAAAACGGCGCGGUGGAGACGAUGAGCCCGGCGUCUUUGUUACAUCGUGAAGAUGUAUUUCUUGCCUCUACUACCGUGCCGGUUCCUGAGGCUGCGGGCGGGGGCAUCAAGGAAAUGGAGCAUGAGGCGAUGCUCAUGGUGUAGCACCGAGGUGUAUUCGUUCAAAGGGAUGAAAGGAAUGCUACACCAGCAAUACAUGGCAAACCCGACGUAUAUUAAGGUUGUACUAAUAUUCCCCUUCCCCACCAGCAAACCCUAGGUUGUACUAAUAUCUCCACCAGCUGCUCCUGCUCCUGCACCACGAGCACAACCCUGCAGCCUGCGUAUUUUUGAGUCAAAUUCAAAUUGUUUUAUGU